AUGCCGAUCGUUAUUGCCGCCGCAGGGAAGCCGCGUCGCAAAGUUCGUUUCUCCUCCAACCAACCACCAAAAGCAAUCGCCCAGAGCAAAACCUCCAGGUCUAGCGUGUCAACAAGUAGCCGCCAGCCAUCGGCGCCUACUGCCAAAAAGGACAGCAUGUAUGAACCUCAAGCCCAUCCUGGGGUUCCUGCCUUGUAUCAGGAGCUGCCGCGCCUCCUAGAUGCCCUGUGUACGGAGACCUCCGAGCUCCAGAGUGAGACCGUCGAGAAAUGCCUGCCCUUCUUGAAGGGCAUUCAUACCAGCCAGGCCGGGCCGUUCAACCGAUACGGCGUGCCAUCGCUGAAGCAAGAUGACCAUAUUGGCUAUCUCUACGACUCGCUGGAAGAGUACCCCGCGGGCUUCGCGGGGAUGGAUGCCAGCAGGCCCUGGAUGGUCUACUGGGCGCUGGCAGGAUUAUGUUUAGUAGGAGAAGAUGUCACCAGGUUUCGUGAACGUGUUAUUUCUACAUUUUCGCGAAUGCAAAACCCUACUGGGGGACUGGGCGGGGGUCACGGGCAGUUGUCCCACUGCGCCUCUGGUUAUGCUGCAGUACUUUCUCUGGCAAUGGUCGGGGGCGAAGAGGCAUUUAACCUGAUCGAUCGGGAUGCGAUGUGGAGAUGGUUGGGGAAAUUGAAGCAGCCCGAUGGCGGCUUUCGGGUCUGCGAGGGUGGAGAAGAAGACGUCAGAGGCGCCUACUGCUCGAUGGUGAUCAUCGCAAUGUUGGAUUUGCCACUGGCUUUACCCCCUGAUGCCGAAGCGCGGCAAUACGGGCUGGAAACAUUUGCCAGUGGCCUCCCGGAGUAUCUUUCCAGGUGCCAAACAUUCGAGGGAGGUAUAUCCGGAAGCCCCGGUUCUGAGGCACAUGGCGCCUAUGCAUUCUGCGCUUUGGCAUGCCUGUGCCUUCUGGGCCAACCAGAUGUGACGGUGUUCAGGUCCAUGGAUGUUCCUCUACUCCUGUCGUGGCUUUCUGCUCGACACCAUUGGGUUGGCAGCUGCUGGCCAUUGCUUCAGUCUGCACUCGACGGGGUCCAGUCCGCUGCCGACCCGCAGGGGUCUGCGGGUAAUCUCUACAGCCGGGAAGGAUUGACCAGAUAUGUCCUUGGCUGUUGUCAAUCCAAGCAUGGGGGGCUUCGUGAUAAGCCCGGAAAGCACCCGGAUUCGUACCACACCUGCUACACGCUGACGGGCUUAAGUACGGCCCAGCAUCGUCAUUACCAUACGACAUCCAGUGCCAGUUCCAAUGAGGUGUUCGCGUCGGCGUUUUCCUGGAAAUGGACUCCGAUCACGGCCUCGGAGGAUACUUCCUCCGACCAGAAUGUAUUCGACGAAAAGGACCGCUUGAAAGCCUCCCACCCGAUCUUUGUGAUUCCCCAUGCGGCCGCCGAGAGCAUGCAUGGGUGGUGUCAACGACACCCAGUGAGCGUCUGA